GACGUAUGAACGAUAUAACAAUACGACGAUUAAUCAGCUGCAAAUAAAUCAGUAAUUCAUACGCGUUUCAUAAAAUUAAUUACAAAGGUAAAGCAUUUUAAUAAUUUGUUAGUGAAGUAUUUAAAUUAAUUAUAUUCGGAAAGUGGGGAAACAUUCCUAACAACAUAAACUACAGUUUGAAUUGGUAUUGAAAAUACUUGCACAAUGUCAUUAAUACCAAUGAUGUUUUCCGACUGGUGGGAAGAUCUAGACCGACCUCAUCGUCUUUGGGAUCAACAUUUUGGCACAGCAAUAGAUCUAGAUGAUUUUAAUGAUCUAGAUUCACUUGGUUCAGAAGUUCUGCUAUAUCGACCACAUAAACGCGGCAGAAGACAUCAUCGUCAUAAUCAUCAUCCAUUUUUAAAGGCUUUCAACAAAAGACAUGGUCGUGGUGCAUCAAUUGUUCAAGCUGAUAAAGACAAAUUUCAAGUGACAUUGGAUGUAUCACAAUUUGCACCUGAGGAAAUUACUGUUAAAGUAGUAGAUCAAAAAGUUGUCAUCGAAGCUAAACACGAAGAAAAAAGGGAUGAACAUGGUUGGGUAUCCAGACAAUUUGUCAGAAAAUAUAUCGUACCGUCACAAUGUGAUAUCAAUCAAGUAGAAUCACACUUGUCUUCCGACGGUAUCUUAUCUAUUUCGGCACCAAGAAAAGAACCUUUACAAUCUAGAUCAAAUGAGAGAACAGUGAAGGUACAUUAUACAGGUGAACCAGCUUUGACUAAUUUUGAUGAUUCUUCAAAUGACGUUUCUGAAUCACAAAGAGAACAACAAAUUCCACAACGAGAACAAUCACAAUCACAACAGCAAAAUCAGCAAAAUCAGCAAUUACAAAAUCAGCAACAUCAACAACAUCAGCGUUGUAAAAAGGGUAGUAAAGGUGUAUAAGUUAUGUUCAUUAUUUUUUUAUUUUCAUUUUAAUUAUUAAUUUUAAUUUUUUCCACCAAAGUAAACGUAAUUUAUAGUGUAACUAUAAAACAUUAUAUAAAACUUAUAUGUAUAUUAAACUUUACAUGCACAAGUACAAAAUUGAAAGCAUAAAUAUUGUAUUAAUUAUUUCUUUAAUAAAGUAAUAAAGAAACUUUAUUUAAUUUAAA